AUGCAGGCACUCGCUCCUCUGGAGCGCUACCCAACAAAGGUGGCCAUCCGGGUGCUGACUAAUCAGCCACAGCGCCUGAGGCUAGCCUUGCAAUCCUGGUCCAGUCAGGCAUUAGUCUGCAGCCCUGAAGCAGCGCUGAGUCAUCGAUACCAGCUCGCCUUUGCGCACCGCACCUACAUGGAAGAAGCUCUCAAAAGCACUGACCCUGAGUACACGGCGUUCAUUUACCUGGAGAGCGACAUCCGGCUGUCCUGGCGAGCGCUGCUGGGCUGGGCAGCGGAUGAGCCGGUGCUGUCUCGGCUGGGAUUCCAGAGGGCAUUCUACCGAGUGGAGCCCAUAGAGCAGAAUGGGCUGCUGGGCCUUACAGAUCAGAUGGAGCGCGUGCAGCUGGCUACUUAUCCAAGGACUGUGCGCACUCGCGCCAUGCUUGGAGAGGAGAUUGUGCAGGAGAAGUAUUUUCUGCAGUUGCCCAACCCCUACAUGGGCAUGUGGAUUGCUGACAGAGACAGGCUGGUCAACUUCACCACCUCGCUGCAGUGGACCAAGGAGAUCGACCCUUGGGACACAAGGGAAAUGGCGGCGUGCGGCUUACAAUUCAUAGGGACCCCCGACGGAUUUGUCAGCUCUGCGGUGGUCCCCUACGAUCCCGAGUCCGGUCAGCUAGACGCUGACUCAGCAGUCGAGCACCUGUCGAACAAAUACUGCGGCGCCCACACUCGCGAUGGGAUGACCCUGGACGUUUACAAGGUUGAAAAUCCCACAGCGAGGCAUUGCAGAAUCAGCGUGGAGAGCUUCUUGGUGUGA